GACACGGAAGUGGAGGAGGUGCACCACAAAAUGAAGUCCUACUCCGUGAACCCUCUCUUUGCAUCUGAAACCUCGCAAGGACCGAAAGGAGGCAAAACAACAACUACGAAAACAAAACCGUACACAGAAACGCAGAUGGAUGAUCUUAGGGAAACUUAUUCCCGCAUGCCUAAGGAAUCCAUAAUAGCGUAUGUGUGUCGCGUGGUACAAAGGGGCGCGGAAAGGAUUAUCUUAUCUCGUGAAGAGGUGGGAAGAACUAACUGGGGACCCGAGGUAUUUCUUGGGGAUGGUCCUGAGGGAGACCUUGCGUUGAGUGCUAGGAUCUUUCAUUGGGCUAGUGCUUAUGAGCCUUCGGAUAGGGGUGAUCCUACAGAAUUUUGGAUCAGAUCCCCUGAUGAGUUAAAUGAAGCAUUUGCUAUGGUUGCCUGUAUCCAAGCUGUGAAUCAUAAGGGAUUAUAUGCACAUGCAAUGGAUGCCCCAGUAGAGCCACCGAGGCUUAGACCCCUGAUAAAGGGUAUGCCUGGCUUCAUAAAGGCUGAAGGCAUUAGGAUAAGGAGACAAAUUGAGAAUGCAAUACAACAGAAUGAAGGGCAAGGGAAAAGUUCACAAAGUGUAGUACAUCAUCCUACAUGGAGGGAAGUGCUUACAGAACUAGCCACUCUAGGAAGAGAAAUGGGUUAUCAUGAUCCUUUAUCUGUGCCAGAAUCUGUCUUUCAGAAGGAAAAGCAGUCUGGAGGCAGGAACAGCUCUGCAUCACGACGAAAACACCAAACGGUGCGGCAUGCCUGGACAUCUGGUGACCCCAAUGAGAGUCCAAGAUCGAGCCCACGAUCAAGUCCCAGGGGGAGCCCUGAGCUUAAUCGUCGCUCUGGAUCUGGAAUUAUGUGGGUACCGAGUUCUACAGGUAGGGGUGUAAUCCCACUGCAGGAGCAGAAAUAUGCAGUGAAACCUCGUGAUGUGUUUCAGAAGAAACAGGCAGAGCGGGAUCCUGUGAAGAGUGAGCUCAGUACUAUGAGUAAGUCCAUGUCUGAUAUGAGUAAGUCCAUGUCUGACAUGAAAGGACUGCUAGAACAAGUACUGAAAGGCAAUGGUAACGAAAAGGUGAAGCAGAACCGUAAGAGAGGCUCUGCAAACACGUCUCCUACCAAGUCAGGUUCUCCUGAUCGGGAAGGAGAUAAGAGCAGAUCAAAAAACUAGGUGUGGCGGUGAAUGAUUCAGGCCACACUCAUCGCUCUGUUUCUGAAUGUCAAUGGUCUGACAAACCUGAACCCUAUAUCAUGAUUCCUACUGGACCAACUAGAACUGCUGUCAAAUACUUAAUAGAUACAGGUGCACAAAUUACAGUGCUAAAUGCACAACUAGCAAAGCAUCUGAAAAUAUUGCCAUCUCGGAGAAAGGUAAACAUAACAGGUGUUACAGGACAACCUGAAACAUGCUAUUUAGCCAAGGCACAGCUGUGGCUACCUGGGGAGAAAAGAGGUACCCUGGUAGAGUUAGCAUUGGCUUCGUGCAAACAUAAUAUCCUUGGGUUUGAUGUUCUAGCAGGCAGAAGAUGGCACCUUCCUGACGGAACAUUAUGGAGCUUUGGUGCUUAUGAGAUGAGGAAUAAGAGGCAAAGCAGUUCCUAGUCUUUCAUCCACAGUGACAGCAAUCCAAGCGGCUUCUCACACCUGGAUGGCGACUCUAGACGUGAAGGACAUGUUCUUCAUGGUGCCGUUGAGAGAAGAGGACAAACCGCAGUUUGCUUUUACCUGGCAAGCCUUUCUGGUUUUUUCCCCGGA